AUGCCUACCCAACCCAAGCAGCCGGGACGUCAGUUCUCGCUGGGCACUUCUGCCCAUCGCAAGAGGCAGAUGAGCACCAUGCACGAGCAGGGUAAUGCUUUUGGCCCAGCUUUGACUACUCUCUACUGUGGUAUCUCUGCUGUCUUCUCCGACUCUCACACUGCCGUUGUGGCCCUUGCCAUCCACGACACGGUCUACCUCAUCGACUUCACCGUCAAGCACAUCAACCUCGACGACCCAACCCAGACAGGCAACGAUGCCAUUGCCGACUACGUCAUCAACACCCUCGAGGGCUACGAGCACGAGAACUUCUCCAAGUUCAUUGGCGCCGGCUUGCCCACCACUCUGAAGUACAUGAGCCCUAAUUUGUGCUCCCGCCUUUGGCUCGAGCUUGACAUCGUCCCCGUCGUCUUGCGCCCUGAUGAUGAGCACAAGGAGAAGAGCUUUUGGGACAUCAAGCGAGUUGACGAGCAGGCCGAUUCGAUGGCCCGCAAGUGCAUCAUGAACUUUGGCCCCUCCCUGGUGCCCCUCCUUCAGGUUGGCUUCAGGGGUGUCGUUCAGACCGAUGCUGGAUUCCGCGUGCAGCUCAACACGAUCCAAAACCACAAGGACACGUGCGGUGCUGCGACUUGGGAUGCUACGAUGCACUACGCCAAGAAGCUUCGCGACAACAAGAUCAAGGUCGCUUUCUUCAGCAGUACCCCCCAAGGUGGUGGCGUGGCCCUGAUGCGACACGCUCUUGUCAGGUUUGCGCGUCUCAUUGGUGUUGACCUGACUUGGUAUGUCCCCAAGCCAAGGCCCGGCGUAUUCAGGGUCACCAAGAACAUCCACAACAUUCUCCAGGGUGUCAGCCACCCCGACCAGCGCAUCUCGGCCGAAGAAAAACAGUCCAUCAUUGACUGGAUUACGGACAAUGCAAACCGUUACUGGCUGUCCGAGGGAGGCCCUCUGCGUCCUCCUGAGGAGGGUGGUGCUGAUGUUGUCAUGAUUGAUGACCCGCAAAUGCCUGGCUUGAUCCCCUUGAUCAAGAAGAUUACUCCGGACCGUCCCGUUCUCUACCGAUCUCACAUUCAGAUCCGCAGCGACUUGACCGCGAAGCCCGGUUCUCCUCAGGAAGACAUUUGGAACUUCCUGUGGAGCAACAUUCAAUAUGCCGACAUGUUCAUCAGCCAUCCCAUUCCCAUUUUCGUCCCCCAUACCGUUCCUCGUGAGAAGGUUGUUUACUUCCCGGCCACCACUGAUUGGCUUGAUGGCUUGAACAAGCCUCUCAACAGAUGGGAUACUGGUUACUAUGGUCAUAUCUACAACAACGCCUGCCGCAACCAGAGGAUGACUGAGCUCGAAUGGCCCGCCCGCAAGUACAUCGUGCAGGUGGCCCGUUUUGAUCCGUCCAAGGGAAUUCCUACCGUCAUUGACUCCUAUGCCGAGUUCCGGCGUCUGAUGGAACAGGCGGGUAACACUGACAUCCCCCAGCUUGUCGUCUGCGGCAAUGGUUCAGUUGAUGACCCCGAUGCCAGCAUGAUCUACGACCAGACCAUGAGCCAGCUUGAGAAGCACUACCCCCACCUCAUCAAGGACUGCAGCAUCAUGCGUCUGGAGCCCAAUGACCAGCUUCUCAACACUGUGAUCGCCAACGCCCAUGUUGUCCUCCAGCUCUCGACCCGUGAGGGCUUUGAGGUCAAGGUUUCCGAGGCGCUCCACGCCGGACGUCCCGUUAUCGCUACUCGGGCUGGAGGCAUUCCUCUCCAGGUUAAGGAGAACGUCAACGGCUACCUGGUCGAGCCAGGUGACUACAAGGCUGUUGCUGGUCACCUCGUGAACCUCUUCACUGAUGACGAGUUGCACAAGAAGAUGAGCUACGAGGCCGCUAAUGGUGUAAGUGAUGAAGUGGGCACUGUUGGCAAUGCUUUGGGCUGGUUCUACCUCGCUGCCAAGUGGGCUGAGGUCGGCGUUAGGACCGGUCUGCGGGGCGAUGAGAAAUGGGUCAAUGACAUGGCCAGAGAAGAGGCUGGAAAGCCUUACAUCCAGAGCGAGAACCGCCUCCCACGUCACUUUACACAGAAGAAGGACAUUCCCAUUGUCUCUGGAAAGAGCAACGGCCAGAAUGGACAGAAUGGGCAAAACGGCCAGAAUGGCAAGAAUGGCGAGAAUGGUGAGAAUGGCUCAUGA